AUGCAGUCACCACUACACCUAACGACUAACAGUAAUCCAACAUCCGCGACCACCAAGGUAUUUAACGACCUUCCCCUAGACAAUCCAUCUAUCGGCAAUUUCAAGUUUGUCUUGCCAGUAUAUCUUUGGAUUUUCAUUUUACUGCACAUUGCCAACGGUAUAGGGGCGGGCUACAACUGCGACGUGGCGUGGCUUUGGCUCUCGGGCCAAGGACUAGUCAAUUCGUUCAUUUUGUUUGAGAAGAUGCGAACCCGUCAAGAGAAUCCUGGAUGGAACGUGUUGGGUUUCGAACAUGAGGAUGAUCUACGCUUGCUAGUGUCUGGAGGCCAAGGAAUGAACUUAUGCCGUUUGUUGAGCAGAAAUGCACGCUAA